ACUGCGGAACAGCAAAUUCAAACGAAUUACUCACAACACUGAUUCAAUCGAAGCAAGAACAGAAUCAGAAUCCUUCACUUGGGAAGGAAAUCGGAGAUGGAAGAGCUGCAGGUAGCCAACAGAGAGGAGGGAAGGGGAGUGAAGGAGACGAACCUGAAGCUUUUUAAUUGAAACCCUAAGAUUGGACACCCCUGCUCGACGAUGGAAACGUGUCGUCUCGUCUGUGAAUGAAUGCGAGGGCAUUUCCGAGCUCGGAGCUAUUUAUCGUCGUGAGCAGACGGAUGGCCUUUUCGCUUGACGAUCCGCGCGAGAGUGCUCCUCAAGCUCUGUCGUCCGUCGAUUGGAAUUUCAACGGUGGAGAUACCCUGCACGAACUUCAAACGGAUUGCUGACGUGGCCAGUGCCCGCCAUAGCCCCUGGCAAGCUUUCGUCUAUUAUAUAUCAUUUUGGGCUUCCCGCUACUCGGACGGCUUUUUCUAUUGGGUAGAAGUAAAUUACUUUUUGCACCCAGAACUUUUAAUAAUUUUUCAUAUUACGCCACAAUCUGAACAUGUGAAAAAUCUAAAACUAAAGGAAACCAGGGAAACAAGAAAUUUAGGAUUGCUUUGAUGAAUUGUGGAUCAAUCUAUAUGAAAUUUCAUCAAUGUCAUUGUUAUAGUAUAGAUAAUCAUCAUAUCAUCAAAUUUUAUUUUAAGAAAAUGACUUUUCUAUUGACAAAUUGUCCAUCCGAUCUGCCGAAUGUGAAUACUUCAAAUAAUGCCCAUGAUUGUGGCCAAAAUUACUACCCCUACCACCGUGUCUAUUCAGCUUACAAAUUCGAUAGAAAUGGUCGACAUGAAUAGCAUUAUUCUUUGUUUUUUUCCUAACAAGAAAUCUUGGAAGCGACUUUUUCUGUCAAUUUUUGUGAUAGUUGAGGGUAGUGGCGCAAAGUGGUAUAACAUCCCAAACUAGGUGGUGCAUAAUGGAACCAUUGAAACUUUAGGGUGCAGAAUAGAUAAUAGGCUAACAUUCAGGGCGUAAACACCAAAAUUUUCGUUUUUUACCGAAGCGGACACUGUCCAGGGGCCGCUGUACUCCGCAGGUGAGCUUGCUUGUGCUGUCUCCGGAGGCUUCUCUACUGCUUGCUCCGGCGGCGAGGCGAAGACGAAGCUCUUCUUCAUCUUUGAAAUGCUUCUAUGCAUCCGAAUAACAAAGCUGAUGGUUUCUCCUCGCCGAUUCUUCACGGCGCCUCGUUGCCUCUGCUCCAAACUCCAUAGCUCUUCGUUAUCUCAGUCUGUGGCAUCAAGCUAUCUUCAUGAGGAAUGCGAUGACUUCUUGCCCUGGUUGGAGCAGAAAGCUGGUGUUGCAAUAUCAUCAGCUGUUUCAAUAGGAAGAUCUACCUAUGGAAGGUCUCUUUUUGCUACGAAGAUAAUUGAAACUGGGUCCUCCAUAUUGAAGGUCCCUUUUCACGCGCAAAUAUCACCAGAUAAUCUCUACCCAGAAAUAAAGAUUUUGUUGGGGGAUGAAGUAGGAAAUGUGGCAAGGCUUGCAACAGUUAUCCUGGUUGAGAAGAAAAAGGGUCCUGAAUCUGGAUGGGCUCCCUAUAUAAGUCGCCUUCCCUUGCUCGGUGAGACGCAAACUACUUUAUUUUGGAGCGAAGAUGAACUGGAGAUCAUUAAGCAAAGCCCCGUAUACCUGGAAACAAUACGUAAGAAAGCUGAAAUCAGAAGACAAUUUUUGACACUUAAGCCUGUUCUUGAUCAAUUCCCCCAAAUUUUUGACGGGAUCAAAUUUGAAGAUUUCUUGCAUGCAUAUACUCUAGUUGAAUCUCGAGCAUGGGAAAGCAGCAAGGGUUUUUCUAUGAUUCCACUUGCAGAUUUUCUAAAUCACGAUGGGCUUGCAAAAGCUAUCGUAUUGAGUGAUGAAGAAGAGCAGAUCUCAGAGGUACUUGCAGACCGUGAUUAUGCUCCAGGAGAACAGAUAUGGAUAACAUAUGGAAAAUUUUCCAAUGCAACCUUGCUAUUGGAGUUUGGGUUUACACUGCCACACAACAUUCAUGAUGAGGUUCAUUUACAUUUUAAGAUACCUUCUCAUGACCCUCUGUACAAAAUGAAGUCAGAGCUCUUGGAAAGACUUCGCUUUCCAACAUUGAAAGAUUUGAGGGGCUUCAAGCAUCAUGCUGAUUCUUUCACUAUCAAAGAAGUCAGAUCUGCUACAGGGAAGGGCUAUGGUAUCCCCCAAUCACUUCGAGCAGCUGCUCGUGUUCUAUGCUGCACUUCUGCUGAAGAGCUAUGCUAUGUGGUGGAGGAAGCCAUGGAAAACGACGGACGGUUAGGUCGUCGUCCUUUCAAGAACAUUGAGAGAGAGAUCCAAGCACAUGAGAUCCUGCUAUCUCAAAUUACUACAUUGAUCGGCGAAUACACUGAAUCCAUAAAGUUACUGGUCAGCACUAGUCCAGCGGGCAAUAGACAUGAUAGUCGAGAGAGGAUGGCCCACGAUCUCCUGGCGGGCGAGCUCCGCGUCCUCAAAGCCGCAUCUCUCUGGCUGCAGAAUUACAUUCUUACCCUCCACCACUCUGCAUAGAGCAAAUUUGUCCGAUCACUCCAGCAGAUGAAGAUUACUUACGCGAUCAACUGCAAACACAACAUUACACGAAAGUGGGCCCGGAGUUUGCCCGAACAGUCGGUAGGGGCUCAUGUUGUUCCUGCAGUCUUCGUUUCCUCAAACUAGCAAGGACUAGUCAACUGAUGGAACAGAUCCUUCCAAAUCCGGCAAAUGCAACCGGGCCCGGUUUCACAUCUCAUUUUUAGUACCUUAAAUAUCUGGACGCCAUCCUUUUUUGGUUGAAAAAUGGGAAUGUCUGCCUGUUAUGGUGAAAGUUUGCUCUUUUGUACUUGUUGAUGGUAUCAAUAGUAUGUCACCAGUUCGUACUUAAAA